AUGCAGAGGAGGGCGCUCGCAUUUCAGUUUGCAAAUCUCAUGAGCUAUGCCCAACACAAUGAGUGGUUCAGUUUUCUAGUUGACGCUCUUCAUCGUGAAGCUCCACCGGGAUUUCAGCGUCCAAGUCUUGCUCAACUUCUGCAAUGCGACAGGGCAGCAUGGACUCGACUAGCCAGCAGUCUUUCAACGAUCCGUCAACGGGCUGAUGGAACAUAUCCUCUAGGUGAAGCACUGCUAGACCUUCGUGCUGAUCCAAACAUUGUCCUCUACUUGUCGCCAGUUGCAAAGCCGAUUUCAGUUGCAUCGGAGUCAAUUUCUUGGCGGGCUCAGCCCUACGGAUCACAGAAGGGCUCGGAGCGGGGCACAGAGAAAGGAAAAACAAAGGGAAAGGGCAAAGGCAAGUCGUCUGCCCCUUCAAUGCCUGCGGAACUACGAGGCAAGUGGUACAAGAAUGCUCAGGGAGAGCCGCUCUGCUUCGGCUACAACACUGCUGCAGGCUGCCAACAUUCAAAGACAAUCAAAGAUGGAAAGCGCUGUCCGAAAGGUUGGCAUCUAUGUUGUGAACCUCGUUGCCAAGGCCCUCAUCCAUUGAGCAAGCAUGGCAAGAGUGGGCACUGA